AAGCUGACAGGUGGAUACAUUUUGACAGGUUCGAUUUUUUAACGUUUCGAAUAUUUACGAACGUAUAAGAGGAUUAGAUAACCAUAUAGAAGGAAAAAAGGGAAAAUUUCUAUAACGGAUAAUUGAAAGUAUUGCGAUCAUCGUCGCGCAUCCACUGGAAGGAACUUUUUUUUUCAUCGUUUACAAGAUAUCCUUGAGCUUUGUGUCUGCGUGUUCCCGUUGAUUGGAGAAUGGAAACUUCAAGUCGUGAAAGAAGACCGAUUGCUUACUUGACUCGGAAGGCACAGAUAUCUUGCUGCCAUCGUUUGAACAGUCCGUUCCUAAGUGAGCACGAGAAUGAAGUAGUAUACGGAAAGUGCAACAACAUUUUUGGUCAUGGUCAUAACUAUAACGUGGAAGUGACUGUCCGCGGACCUGUGAACACAUCAACAGGAAUGGUUAUUAAUUUGGAAGAUUUAAAAGACUGCAUGCAAAAGGUGUUGAUGGAUCAAAUGGAUCACAAGAAUAUCGACAAGCAAGUGGAUUACUUCCGAAAAACGGUUUCAACGACCGAGAAUGUUGCUAUAUACAUUUUUGAGGAAUUAAAGAAGCACAUGUCUAAUCCUGAAUUGUUAUAUGAAGUAAAGGUCCACGAAACUGACAAGAAUGUUAUGUGUUUUAGAGGGGAAUACGAUGAAAAUGUAUCUUCUGCUUCUUAA